UUUCGAAAAGGGUAAGCCAAACCCAAACACAAACAGCCUCUCACCCGAACUCGAUGAAUUUGUGCAUUGUCUUCCUCUCUGCCUCAAUCGCACUUCUCGUAUCCAUAGUCUUGGUUCCCCUGCUCGGCACCACCCACUAUUUCAGAGGAGGAUGGUCAUCAUUGUCUACUCGAGUAGUCGCGGAUUUGGUGGUGAUGAAUGGGACUAUCUACACUAGUGACACUUCUCUCCCGUUCGCCGAUUCCAUGGCUGUUCGCCAUGGCCGCCUUCUGCGUCUUGGCAGCUAUUCCUCUCUUCAGGAUUUGGUAGGAUAUGGAACUGAAGUGAUCAAUCUGGAGGGAAAAGUUGUGAUUCCUGGAUUAAUUGAUUCCCAUGUCCACAUGAUUUUUGGAGGACUGCAGAUGGUGAGGGUAGCACUGCGAGGUGUGAACAGAAAAGAUGAAUUUGUUAAGAAGGUUAAGGAUGCGGUAAUAAAUUUGAAACAUGGCUCUUGGAUUUUGGGUGGUGGAUGGAAUAAUGAUCAUUGGGGAGGAGAAUUGCCAACGGCAUCUUGGAUUGAUGAUAUUACACCUCACAAUCCUGUCUGGCUAUCAAGGAUGGAUGGUCACAUGGGCUUGGCUAACUCCCUGGCACUAAAAAUUGCUGGGAUUACUAAUAACACAGCAGAUCCAAAUGGUGGAACCAUCAUGAGAACCAGUACUGGAGAACCAACUGGAUUGCUGAUUGAUUCUGCAAUGGAGCUGAUUCUCUCAUGCAUCCCGGAGGUCUCAGUAGAUGAAAGGAGAAAAGCUUUGGAAAGAGCCAGCAAUAUUGCCUUGACUAGGGGUGUUACAGCAGUCGUAGAUUUUGGGAGAUAUUUUCCUGGUUCACCAGAAGAGCUUCCAUGGGACGAUUUUUCAGAAGUGUAUAGAUGGGCUGACUUUUCUGGAAAAAUGAAGAUCAGAGUUUGCUUAUUUUUCCCGAUGAAUACAUGGUCACGACUACAAGAUCUUAUCCAGGAGAAAGGUCAUAAGCUGAGCCAAUGGCUUUAUUUAGGUGGCGUGAAGGCUUUUGCUGAUGGAUCUUUGGGAUCUAAUAGUGCACUCUUUCAUGAGCCAUAUGUUGAUGAUCCUACUAACUAUGGCCUACAAGUUACGGAUAUUGAAAGCCUGUUUAACAUUACUGCUGCAUCGGACAAAUCUGGGCUUCAGGUUGCCAUUCAUGCUAUAGGUGAUAGAGCAAAUGACUUGGUCCUGGACAUGUACAAGUCAGUGGUUUCUACAAAUGGAAUGAGGGACCGGAGAUUCAGGAUUGAGCAUGCUCAGCAUUUGGCACCAGGAACAGCUGUCCGUUUCGGUGAAGAAGGAAUUGUUGCUUCAGUGCAGCCAGAUCACUUGCUGGAUGAUGCUGAUUCGGCAGAAAGAAAGCUGGGGCCAGAAAGGGCUCAGAAGGGAUCUUAUCUAUUUCACUCACUCUUAGCUAACAAAGCUCAGUUGGCAUUUGGUUCUGAUUGGCCAGUUGCAGAUAUUAAUCCUUUGAGCAGUGUAAAGACAGCUAUAGACAGAAUUCCCCCUGGUUGGGAGAGUGCAUGGAUUUCAUCAGAGUGUAUCAAUCUGAUUGAUGCAUUAAAUGCGUACACGAUCUCAGCUGCUCGGGCUUGCUUCCUUGACAAGGAUAUCGGAUCAUUAUCUCCCGGAAAAUUUGCAGAUUUUGUUGUGCUGUCUGCUGAUUCCUGGGAUGAGUUCAUGGCACAGGGGUCUGCAUCUGUGAGGGCAACAUAUGUUAGUGGCACAAGAGCUUAUCACUGAACUGAAAUCCCUGCUCUCAGAUCAGAUGUAAACAUAAAUAAAAUUCUCAUGCAGGAGGGGAUUUAAAAGAUUGUGCUGUAGGAGAAAGUGACCAGGUUGACAGUAAUAUUCAAGAGGACUUUGCAUCUUUCUUUUCUAUCCUAUCCCUCUUGAAAUACAAGCCUUAGUUUAUGUAAAAAAAAUUAGCUAACGAUUUGACCACGUGCGGGUUAUUUAGCACAAGUUUUGCUUGCUU